CUGAGACAAUCAUGACUGACAGUCAGAGUGUGUCAGAUAUGGAGGAUGAGCAGUGCUGGGUCCAGCUGGAGGAUUACAGAAUGCUGCUGACAAAGAUCAUUGAGCCGUCGCGAAUCACUCCUUACCUGCGUCAUUGUAAGGUGCUAAGCAGUGAGGAUGAGGAGCAGAUAUUCAAUGACCCCAGUCUGGUCAUCCGCCAACGCAAAGUAGGUGUACUAUUGGAUAUUCUUCAAAGAACUGGACUCAAAGGCUAUGUGACAUUCCUCGAGAGCUUGGAGCUGGACUAUCCUCGAUUGUAUCGCAAAAUUACUGGCAAAGAACCUGCCCGGGUCUUUUCUGUACUAGUUGACACGGUGGGUGAGUCAGGACUGACUCAGUUCUUGAUGAGUGAGGUCACACGUCUGCAGAAGGGCCUGCAGGAAGAACGCCGGCGCAGACAAGAGGCCACUUGGGCUGCAGCCACGCAGGAGGACACCUUACGGCAGCAGCAGGUUAAGGAGAGGGAGCUGCGGAAGCAGCAGGAGCGCGUGCAGUGUAUGAGGGAGGAGAGGGACCGGCAAUGGGAGGUGGUAUGCCACCUGAAGGACGAGAACUACAGCCUGAUGCACAACGUAACCAAGCUGAGCGAAGAGAAGAAUAGUGCACUCAUGUCCAACCGGGAUCUGCAGUUGGAGAUAGAAAAGCUGAAGCACAGCCUGAUGAAUGCAGAGAGUGACUCGAAAAUCCAACGCAAGCAAACUGUGAACCUGAAGAAUGCCAUUGAGGAGAGACCCAGUCAGGACAUGAUUUGGCAGCUCCAGAGACACAAUGAUCUGCUCACAGUGCGCAUCCAGGAGCUGGAGAGCUCAGCUCAGGGGACAGCUCCAGCCCCCUUGGAUCAAGAGAAGCUGAGCACUGAGAGUCUGGAGGACUACAAGCAGCACUCUCAGGCUCAGCACCAGGAGCUGGUCAACAACAUCUACAACCUACGCAGAGAUCUGCACGAUGCUGAGGCACUACGGAAUCGGUACUUGGAGGCGAAGGAGGUUCUUGAGUUGAAGUGCACAACAUUAAAGAAAGAUGCAAAAAUGUAUCGUGACCGAAUGGAGGACAUCCUGAAACAGAUGGACGAGGUUAUCAGGGAGAGAGACAAGGCCAUCGCCUCUCGAGAGGAGUACCACCAGGAGAAUUCACGGUGCCUCCAGGAGAAGGACCAGUACCGGAAGAAGAUUCGGGAGCUGGGUGAGCGCUGUGAUGAGCUGCAGGUCCAGUUGUUCCGGACUGAGGCAGAGGUUAUGGCUCUACAGACCAGGCUUCACAUUAACACCUGCUCCCCACAUGAUAAAAGCCAGACCAGUGAGGAAGACUGCAGAGAUACAUUAACCGAAGCUAGUAGUGGGGACCUGCAAUGUCAGACAUCAGGGGAGUAUGAUGUGUGCAUUGCUUUGCAAGUCCACCCGUUGUGUGCAGAAGGGUCCCCGGAGGAUAAUAUCUCAGGAGAAAGGGCUUUAUCAGAGGAUGAGCCCUCAGACUGCCGCAAGCCCAGAGAGAGGUGUAACUUCUACUACAGAAGGAAACGUGCCCUUAGGAGGUCAAAGGCCACAUGCAAGGAAUGCAAACCUUGUGUCCUGGACAACAGCAGUGGAAGUGACAACACUGACACGGAUGGGAUGUGACUGAGUGGGGGGGGGCAGGGCAGAGGAGUGGCUGGGGGACAUGGCAAGGUCCUUCAGAAACAUAGACUAGUCUACUUUCCUUAACAAAAAUAUUA